GAGGACACCAACUACUUGCACUGAAUACUUAUCGGCUCCGACAAUACUACCUGUCCCCCUUACCCAGGCCAAAGGUAACAACUCCCUUACUUCGCUUCAUAUUGAGUAUAUACAGGAUCUCCCUGAGUACCCAGUAUCUCAUAUAUAUGGAUACACUUAUGUAGUAGCAGUUGGGAAUCGCUCACAGGAAGAGAUGGAGGAACUAGUCCAUGAUGUUCAAUAUGCAAAAAAACUCAAGUGGGGCCAGAAGCGGCCUGUAUACUUUCCAUUUUUGAACUCUCAAGUAAAAAAAUGGACCUGGACAUGCUCCGGAAUCUUUGCAUGUGAAUAUCUAAAUCCAUAUAUUGCAUCGUAUCAUCAUACCGUGCAUGUAAUGAAUCGAACAAUCAACAAACACGCCAGGAAAGAAAAAAUCACAAAAAAAGCAAAUAUACGGAAGGAUUCAUUAAGGCUAGAUCACGGGAUAUUGAUAAUUUGAUUCCUUGGGGCAUAUAUAAGCCGAGGCUGCUUAGCACAAUACGUAUGCAUCUUAGGGCUAGUCCAGGACAACACGAGACAGAAAAGUCCGUCCAU